CAACUGUCAACAGUUAAAAACAGAAAUCUUGAUCAUUCAGUACAAAUUUGUUGCUACUCAAAUGAGUGAUGUACUCUCUGGUGCAACAUUAACUAGAAAACAUGCACAAUCUAAAUUGUCUUUUCAUUCAUACAGAAGUGAAGUACACAACAAAAAUAUUCGUUUAAAAAAAGUUGCCUGUCAUGACUCAUGAGUCAGAAAUGAUUCGUACCGCAUCUAGUGUCAGAAAAGGGAACGAAUCUGUACCUCGAGGGAAAAUGGGGGAUUAUUUGGGGGAGUACCACCUCCAGCUUUUCUCCUUCAUGCUUAAUAUGGCUUCACUGAUAAGUGAUCGUCGACAUUUCACAACCAUUAUUUGUUGGCUUAAAUUGUGUGUUAUAAAAAAAACCUAAAGAGUAUAGAUUAGAUAAUAAUUUACCAAGUGAUGCUUGGGGUGCGUUAUGACAGUCACAUCCAAGCAAUUUUAGUUUCAGCCGAUUGGAUCAUCAUUUAUUCAUUAUUUUGUCAAAAACAUUUACCUUCAAAAUGGGAUACAGAUUAAAGGCGAUGUUUAAAUACGGCCGUGUGGGUCUUUUAUUUGUUGUUGUGUACGUAGUAUAUAUUCGUUAUACGGCUGGCCAAUGUGUGUGUGAAACAGAUAGCAUCGACAUUAAAAACCGUCAACAAAUAAUUUCACUAGGACAAGAUGACGAAGAUGCUUUUAUUUUUGUACAUAUUUCUGAUCUGCACAUCAGUCACUACACAGCAAACGAUAGAUACGAGCAACUUAAUGAGUUUUGCAGCGUCAAUUUAAAAGCUAUUGGUCCAGGCUUGGUUCUAGCAAGUGGGGAUUUAACUGAUUCUGUUGCUCCUGGCAAAGUCUUAGUUAAACAGUUUCUUGAUGAAUGGCAGAUGUAUAAAGAUGUGUACACUAAAUGUCAAAAUGAAUCUGGGAUGGUUCAUUGGUUAGACUUGAGAGGAAAUCAUGAUAACUUUAAUGUUGAUGGAUACAAUAGUUCCAACAGCUAUUACCCACAGUUUGGAUCACAAAGGAAAAAUCCUGGAUCUUACAUGACUAUUAUCAAGACCAAUGAAAGAACAAAAUAUGCUUUCAUCGCCGUGGACGCUACUCUUGAAAUAGGCCCAAAACGAUUACUAAAUUUUGUCGGGCAAUUGGACGAUAAUCGCUUGUCAAAGUUAAAAGAAUUCGAUAAAAACGCCACUAACUCAAAUGUUAAUGGAACUAUCUGGUUUGGUCAUUAUCCAUCUUCGUGUAUCUUCAAUUCGGGUCCUGGAUUGCGUGAUGUCGCCUCCAAGGGAAUCGCCUAUUUAUGCGGACAUUUGCACAAUUUUGUCGGCUUUGUACCUGAAAUGUAUUCGCGUCACUAUUCGGGAAUGUUAGAACUAGAACUUGCUGACUGGAAGGACAAUCGAAUAUAUCGAGUUGCAGUACUCGACAAAGGAUUAUUUUCUUUCGCUGAUGUUAAGCAUAAAACUUGGCCGAUUAUAGUUGUGUCAAAUCCGAAACCGCUGUUGACGGUGCAGUGUUGUCAACAGCCCAUUGAAAUAAUGGCCACUUCGACUCACAUUCGGAUUUUCAUAUUUUCUCCUUCACCAAUCGAAGUUUGCGAGGUGAGUUUGGAUCAUGGAUCUUGGAAACCGUGUAAACUAACAGGCCAAAACAAUCCCUUGUAUACCGCGCCUUGGCAACCGGAACUCUACGCUGAAGGCCGUCAUACACUUGAAGUGAGAGCCAAAGAUUCUUCCGGCUCCGAGGAAACUACCGAAAUCGAAUUUGCUUUGGACAAAACAAUUUCGCCACAUUUCUCCUGGAGAGCAGAAAUAGCUCUGAUGUGGGAUUUAACUACGAUAAGUCGAUGGCUAUUUUGGGUUUCAAUCUUUUUUUCUACAGUGCCAUUCGGCAUCAUGCACUUACUACAGAGACGUAUUACUCGUAAGAGUUCGAAUAAAUUGAAAAGUGAAGUUGGAUUUCUAUUUAUAAAUUUGUGUUGCCCAUUUCAAGUCGGAGAGCGGUCCCCGGAACGAGUUAAAUGUGCGUGUUUAAAACUGCUGCUUAGAAAAUUUUGGGUUUUUUCUGGCAUCAAAAAGUUAUUCUACCCGAUUUUGGCCUACAGCAUAUAUCUAUGCGUUGGACCUUGGCUUGCAGGCUAUUUAAUCGACGACCGCAUUGGUGUUGUUUUUGCUUGGGGAACUUUUUUCGACGAUGGAUUAUUUCUAAAAGGAACUACAACGUAUUUAUACUGCGGUAUUCACAUUAUCCUAUUCAAUGGGCCACUUAUUUGCAUUCUUGCUCACACUGCAGAUGUGAGAUUCGAGGAGACGAUUAAAAGGAAUAGAGCCUACAGCCGCACUUUUUUCACGAAAUUUAUGCUCCAUGUUCCUAUUUGGUCUUUACUUGCUUUUCACUUGGCGACUUGCUUGUUAUUUAUGCAUUCUUAUGGAUGGUAUACCCUACUGCUCAACCCUGCGCGAUUCUGGAGUUUGUUUCUCGCUUUCUACCUAUGGUGGAAAGCGAAAACAUUAAACUCGUUGGAUUUCAAGAAUAUCGCAAAAACCUGGAAUUAGAAUAUGUUGUUUUCCCUAUAAAAUUAACCGUCAUCCUUACCAAAAACCUCUCCAUAUAAGUCCACCUUUUUCCGCCCGUCUUCACUUCUUCAUAGAUUGCACCUUUAACAGUCGCCGUCGUGUAGAUUUCAUCUUAUGCCUGCAUCCAUCAUUGUGAUGAUGAAGUGAAGUUGUGCAACACUUCCUUCAGAAUUUGCUUGUGGUGGAAAGUAGUAAAACAUUCCUUUGCCGUUUCCUCACUCGACAGAAAAACUUUAUGUCGUGCGUUGGGGCUUGGGUGGUAAAUUCCAUAGGCGGUGCUCAUCAAUGAGAAUCGAACACUGCGAUGUGACAGACGAUGAAGGUGAACUGGCCGCCGAGAUCAUUUGCGGUGAUGAUUGCAGAACCACGUCAGACUGAGCGUUCCAACGUGAUGGUGAAGCGGCCGAAGAGUUGGCAAACCAAUACGGUGGUGGGGACCGAUAAUGAGAUGAAUGAGCUGUCGUCUCUCCAUCCUGGACCAUGGGGCUGCUGCUGCUCGGCAUUAAAGGAGGCACUUGACCUCCGCGAUGGAUGUAGGCCAAAUGCAAACUCGUCGAUGAAGACAUGGCCAAUGUUUCCGCACUAGUCACCGUCGUCAGCUGUUGGCAAGCUUGCAUCAAUCCAUUGAAAUCGAAUUUGGCCCGACUGAGCUUGUCGUAGUUCAUGUUGGGUUUGGCUUUGCGAUUUCCCCAUUGGCGAGCAACUUCAUCAGGAUCGAGUAACUUGAAUUCACCUUGGCUUCCCUCCCAUGCGAUCCAGGCAGCGUUUGAUUGCGGAUCGGCCAGCAACUCGAGCAGGAACUACCCCAAGAAGCCGGAUCCGGAUCUUGAGUCGAUUUACCGCCUUCUUUAUUAAAAUCGGGCGAAUCUGGCGACCCUUUUUUCCUGCGGGCAAUUCCCAAGGUAGUGUGGAGGAAAUCCUGAAUCCACCAAGACGGAUGCGAACCACCCGACGGCGAUGCGUUAACACUUGAAGUACUGGCCGUGAGCGGUGAUUCAUUCGAUGGAUGCGAGAACGACAUGACACCCGACUGUUGAGUCUCCUGAACUGGUUGCGAUUGAACCCGGAUCGUUUCCAGGACCUCUGCACCCUCUCCUAAGGAUCAGAAAACAAUCAACUGAAUGAUAAGGUGGUGCCUCUAUAUAUAACACGAAAUUUAGAUAUAUAGUUAUAGGGCUUUCACUACUACUCUUGCCCAGUUCACGCAUGCGCUUUACGCCUAUUUCAUAAUAGCAAUCAAUUCCCAAUCAGCUGGGCGUCAAAGAUGCGCAAUCAUUUUCACCUGAGAGUUUGCCCUUGUAAUUAAAUGAUGCAAUCUCACUCUUCUUAAUAAAAAGCCAAUAUAGAUCAUCAGCAACAACAAGGGGGGAUUCUCAUUAUGCCUGGUGGUUCUCACAAGAAUUUCCAUCUCUAAACAUUCAAUAUGACCGGCUGGCAAAAGGGGUGGAGACAUCCUUUUUUUCUUCUUUAUUCGAUGCGUUGCGGAAUAUCCGUCCCCUCCGCAUACAUUUCCUUAUCGUAUUAGACUUGGAAGAUAAUAUAUAAGGUCCGUGUUGAUCCAUCAACGCCUCUCGGAUAUAUUCGAGCAUCAACUAGGCUUAACUGCAGAAUGAUUUCUCUUAUAUUGAAUAUUAAAGAAAAACUUAAUUUUCCAGGUCGAAUGAUUUAACUCUAAAUAUUUUUUCUACGACAAUUUUGUUAGUUUUUGUUUUUUAAAAAAUAUAUAAAGUUAAACAGCAUCCGGUACUAUUGGGAUCGUCCGGAAGCCUUUGAUAUGCAGAUUGUGUGCCUUCACAUGAUCUUGAUUGCUAUGCUGUCACUUGUUGUUUAAUUACAAUUAAGGAUUCUUUUCUUUUUUAAA